ACAAUCGGGAUUAUCACAAAGUUAACGACACGGAGUCCCGAUUCGGGGACUUUGUUAUCAAUUUACUUGUUAAUUUUUUUAAUUUGCAAAAGUUAAUCGUAAGAGAAAACAAUCUAACAGCCUCUUUGCACAACUUUCCUCUCAUUUUGCACUAAACAAUGACGAGCAACUCUUGGAAUGUGUUGGUAACGGGAGGUGCUGGUUAUAUUGGUUCUCAUACAGUAUUGGAAUUGUUGCAAGCAGACUUUCAGGUGGUGGUAAUAGACAAUCUUAGCAAUGCGUAUAAAGACCUGGGUAAUGAGAAACCAGAAUGUCUCCUCAGAGUGGAAAAAUUGACAAAUAAGAAUGUAACAUUUAUCAACUGCGACAUCACAAAUAUCAAUGAUCUGAGAAAAGUAUUUCAAAAACAUUUGUUUCAAUGUGUCAUACAUUUUGCUGCGUUGAAGGCAGUUGGCGAAUCAUGUCAAAAACCAUUGGAAUAUUACAAGGUCAAUGUCAGUGGGACAAUCAAUUUGUUGGAAAUUAUGCGAGAAAAUAAUGUGAAGCGAUUUAUUUAUUCAAGUAGCGCCACGGUAUACGGUGUGCCUGAAAAACUUCCUUUGGUGGAAGAUACGAAAACUGGCAAUUGUACAAAUCCUUACGGGAAAACCAAGUUUAUGGUUGAGGAAAUAUUAAAGGAUUUGUGCAUAUCAGACAAAGAUUUUUCCGUUAUAUCAUUAAGAUACUUUAAUCCUGUUGGCGCACAUCCUUCAGGUCUGAUUGGGGAAGAUCCCAAUGGUAUUCCAAAUAAUUUAAUGCCCUUCAUUGCCCAAGUUUCUGUUGGGAAAAGAGAUUUAUUAUACGUUUAUGGUGAUGACUAUGAUACACCUGAUGGCACAGGCGUGCGUGAUUAUAUUCACAUUAUGGACCUUGCGGAAGGACACGUAAAAGCUAUGAUUUAUCAAAAAACUCGUAAUCCAACGGGAUUCAAACCAAUAAAUCUAGGUACCGGAAAGGGUUACUCCGUACUUGAAGUUAUACACGCAUUUGAAAACGCUUCCAAAAAGAAAAUCCCGUACAAAAUAGUUGAACGUAGACCGGGUGAUAUAUCUGCUAGUUAUGCGGAUGCUAGUAUUGCUAAUCAAGAACUGAACUGGAAUGCCACAAGAAAUAUAGAUGACAUGUGUGCGGACACAUGGAAAUGGCAACAUAAUAAUCCAAAUGGUUAUAAACACUAAUAUAAAUAUUAUUUGCUACAUAAUUUAUAAAUAGCUCUUGCGGAUAAGUGUUAUCUUUCAAGUCAUCAUCAGAUUGACAAGAAAACCAUGGUGGUAUAUAGUUACCAAAGUUUACACCAAAGUAUGGAGAAAAAAAUAACAUGUACAUUAUAUCUUCCAUCAUAUACUUUUAGUUAGUUUAAUAUAAAUUUGAUAUAACUUUUUGGAAUUUACAAUGAAGAGAUAUUUUAUUCACUAUUUUGGUACAUAAUAAACAAAAUUAUUAAAUACUUUAUAGUUAUAUAGUUACACACACGUAAUAUGAAGUUAGAGUCCUAAUUAAUGACAGUUAAUCAAGGAAGUUUAAUCGAGGAAAUUAACAAAAAUAUGCGCACUUUGCAAAGUGGCUUACGAUUGAGCAUGUGAGUAAUAGGAAAAUAGAUGAUAGAAAAGUUCUCACGAGAGAGAAAGAUAAGGUUGAACAAAGUGUUGACUGUUUUUGUUUUUACUGCACUUGUGUUUUUAUUUGU